AUGCAUUUGUCGUUCGUGCUCUGGCUUUUCACAAGUACAACAUUGUUAUCCGAUGGGCUCUCAAUGCAACGGUGGGACCACACGACAAGAUCGUUAUUCCUAUCACUGGCUAAUGACGGUUGUGAUAUUGCAAUUCAGCAACAACCAGAAGGGACGCACAUUACCUUUAAUGGCACAGACUGGCUGCACCUGGACAAAUGCACGGGCAAGAUUAAACAGGUGGACUCGGCGCAGGAUUACACCAGAGAGUUUAUAUGGAAUAUGGAGGGAGUCCAGUUGUUGCUGGACUACGGAGUCAGCGCUUCGGGAUUGGAUGUCGACGGAGCGUCACCUGUUUCAAUUUACAAAGGCCAAUUGAAUAUUGUGAAGGCUUACACCAAUGAUAUACAUGUGUAUGUUUGCUUCAUGGGUAGCAAUAUCAUCAUUUCAAUCGUUCUGUCAAGACGUGCGGUGUUCUCGUUCUUAUUCUGGCGAAUCCGUCGUCGUCGGCCGCCAACGACCUGCACGAGGCAGUUCACUUAUUCCAACACAAUGGUCAAGACGCUGCCGGUAAGCCACCUCGACAACCUGAAGAAUGGCAUGGCCGCCGAAGUGUUCCAGUCCGGGACCCGGCUGACGAACCUGUCUGGCAGCAUGGGCAUCGCUCACCUGCGUUAUCCCACAGCCGGUGGUACCGCAAACACAGAGGCUCAGCCAUUUCACGUUAACAGCCCGUACGGCAUUUGCUUCGCCCAUAACGGCAACCUGGUCAACACGGCCGAACUCAGGCGCUACUUGGACUUUGAAAUCCACCGCCACGUCAACUCGGAUAGAGUCAGCGAGCUCUUGCUCAAUGUCUUCGCCGACGAGCUCAAUGAGACUAAGAAGGCCCGUGUCAACACCGAGGACCUGUCUAACGGCUUGAGCAACAUGUACCAACGAUGCGAGGAUGCGUGGGCUUGCACCGCUAUGCUUGCAGGCUUUGGCGUCAUCGGAUUCCGUGAUGCACAUGGCAUUCGCCCUCUGUUCAUAAGGUCCAGGCCGUCGGCGGAUGGAGAUGGGCUGGAUUAUAUGUUAGCCUCCGAAUCCAUUGCCUUGGACCGCCUGGGCUUCACCAAAGUCCGUGACAUCCAGCCGAGCGAGGCUGUUAUUAUCAGAAAGGGAAACAAACCUGUCUUCAGUCAGGUUGCGCCCAGGAAAAGCUACACCCCAGACCUUUUCGAGUAUGUAUACUCUGAUGGCCCGGAUUCGGUCAUCGACGGCAUGAGUGUCUAUCAGGGCCGCCGACGCAUGGGACGUCGUCUCGCAGCGAGACUCAUCGAGGACCUCGGACCCGAGGGCAUUCAAGAAAUUGACGUUGUCAUCCCAGUCCCCGGAACGUCAUCGCCCGCGGCUCCCGGCGUCGCCCACGCUCUCGACAUGCCUUUCUGUACCGGUCACAUUCGCAAUCCCUACGUUUUCCGAACCUUUAUCAUGCCGGAGCAGGCGACGCGCCAGAGGGGCUUGUUGUUCCCCUGGAAUGUCUCCUCACAUCUACGGAAUCGAUCUACCCUGCCCCAUGAGAUGGUUGCUCACAAGUGGAACACUGACGACAUCGCCAAAAACCUCGGAGCCGAUAAGAUUGUCUACCAGACCCUUGAAGACCUUCAAGCAUCCUGCGCAGAGAUUGCCAGGGAGAAUAACUUCCAAGAGCCACACACAUUUGGCAAUGGCGUGUUUAGCGGCCAAUGCGUUACCCAGUCCCCGACGGUUACCUUGCCCUGCUAG